AGAAUCAUGAAUGCAUCACUUGCUCUCAUCGUGCUUUUGUUAAUCAUUGCUGCCACUUUUGCAACACCACACUUAGAAGUCGAUCUCAACUACGAUUCCCAUCGCGAUCCCCAUCAAAAUCGUCAUUACUAUCGGCACCACGAUCCUCAUGCUGAUCCUCACUACGAUCCGUACUACCACGACGAUUAUCAUUAUUAA